GUUAGGGUUGUUGAUAUAUAAACUCAGUUUAGAAACCAUGUCAGUUGAUCCCUUGGCCAGGGGACGUGUGAUUGGGGAUGUACUGGACCCUUUCACUAAGUCUGUCUCACUUAGGGUUUUAUAUAACAACAGGUUAGUUGUUAAUGGAACUGAAAUUAGGCCCUCUGCCAUUGUCAGCAAACCCAGAGUUGAUGUUGGGGGAGAUGAUUUUCGCGUAUUCUACACUCUUGUGAUGGUAGACCCUGAUGCUCCAAGCCCAAGUAAUCCAUCACUGAGAGAGUACCUGUAUUGGCUGGUCACAGAUAUCCCUGGCGCAACCAGUGCCAAUUUCGGGAGGGAGCUGCUAUGCUAUGAAAGCCCAAGGCCAACCUCAGGCAUACACAGGAUGGUUUUUGUACUGUUCAGGCAGCUGGGAAGGGACACUGUGGAUAGCCCACCCAUGAGACAAAACUUCAACACAAGAGAAUUCGCCAUGCAGUACAACCUUAGCUCCCCUGUUGCUGCUGUCUACUUCAACUGUCAAAGGGAUUCUGGCACUGGUGGCAGGAGGUUCACUCCUGCAUGAUACUUUUAAUUAUAUAUGUCACCUUAAAUAAAAGCCCAUAUAUUUGUAUUUCAAAAUAUAUGUGCGAGCACCUUAAUUAUGACAAAUAGAAAUAAUAAUAAUGAUAAAAAUAAAUACUACUGCUACUAUAAUUAUUUAUAA